GGAUUUUAAACUUUGCAUGAUUUCAUAUCAAGUCUCCUCCCGCUACAGUCCGAAAUGCGGCCCCGACGACAUCUCCCCAUACCCUUGACGGCGCUUUGCGGCAUGGCGACGGCACAGGGCAACGGCCGUCCAGGGCACGGCCUGAUCGGGUACGGAACCGAAAUGUACAACCCGCCGUGUGCCUACACCUGCGGGAGCAUGGCGGUGCGGUUCAAGCUCGAUUGUGGCGACCAACACGGCGCCCUCUCGCCGUCGCCCGAGUGCCUAGCAACCAACGACCCCUACCUCCAGACGGCGGCUUGGUGCAUCCACACGCACUGCCGCGGCGUCGCGGCCUCCAAGCUCGAGUCCUUCUGGGAGACGGAGCUGAUCGGCCACGAGGUCGCGCAGCCGUCGCCCAAGUACGGGUACGCCGAGGCGCUGGCGCGCGCGCGGGCCGCGCCGCCGACGGGCAUCGCGCCGCACGACCAGUACCUGAACGCCACAUCCCUGGUCAAUGAGGAGACGUACCUGGCCGCGUACAACGGCAACCACUUCUACGAGGUCGGCGAGACAAUCACGUCGGGUUACGCCAUCUUUCUCUUCGUCGUCUGCGUCGCCAUCCCUAUCGCGCUGUCGUGGUUGGCCGCCUGGCUGCCGCUGCCGCCCGGUCUGGAGUCGCGCGUCUACGGCUGGUUGGUCGACCCCCCGGUCCUCGGGAGCCGCCACGCCGCCGCCGCCCCCGCGCUGUUCGGCCUCGGCCUCGUGCCGACGCGCGGGCAGGCGCUCUACCUCGGCUACGUCCUGGCCGUCAACGUGGUGUUGUGCUCGACGGGCUACGUCAUCGUGGAGCCGCACGGCUGGUACGGCUCGGUGCGCGAGCAGGUGCUGACGUACGUGGCCAACCGGACGGGCCACCUGAGCCUCGCCAACCUCGCGCUCGCCGUUCUCUUUUCGACCCGCAACGGCGCCCUGCUGUGGCUGACGGGCUGGGGCCACGGGACCUUUCUGCUGCUGCACCGCUGGGUCGCCGUCAUCUGCGCGCUGCAGGCCGUCGCCCACUCGGUCCUGUACCUCGUCGUCUUCCUUGAGCGCGGCGGCGAUGUCUACGCCUUCUCCGCGACGCAGGCCUACUGGCUCUGGGGCGUCGCGGCGACGGUCCUGCUCGUGGCGCUGGUCCCGCUCUCGGCCCUGCCGCUGCGCCGCCGCUUCUACGAGGCCUUCCUGGCCUCGCACGUCGUGCUGUCCGCGCUGGCGCUGGCCGCCUGCGCGUGCCACAUCUACUACCGGUACCAGUGGCAGUGGGGCUACGAGAUCUGGAUCUGGAUCGCCUGCGCCUUCUGGGCCUCCGACAGGCUCGUGGCACGGCCGUGGCGGGUGCUCGUGCGCGGCGGCGGCGGCGGCGUUGUCAAGAGGGCCUUUGUGACGGUCGUAGACGGCGACUACCUCAGGCUCGACAUCCCUGGCUGCCGCGAGGGCAGCGGCCACGUCUAUCUGUACUUCCCGACGCUGACCUGGCGCGUGUGGGAGAGCCACCCCUUUUCCGUCGCCGCUGCGCUGCCCCGCCCUGGUUUCCAGCAGGAGCAGCGGAGGAGCAGCAGCGCCCAGCACUGGCCGCCGUCCUCGGAGCCGCGUGAGACGGCAGACGCGGCGCCGGAAGAUACCGACCCCGAGCCCAAGACGCCCAGCACCGCCGCCUCCUUGCCCCUGAUGGGCGGCCGGCACGCAACAAGCCCGAGCGCCGCCUUUUACCUCAGACGACGCGGCGGACUCACCGCCACCCUCGCGCGACAGGCCCACAGCGGCAAGGGCAUCCCCGUGCUCGUCGAGGCGGCGUACGGCGCCGCGCACACGUCCAUCUGCCCCGCGCCGCGCGCGACGACGACGGCAUGGUACCCGAACCUGAUCUACGUCGCCGGCGGCGUCGGCAUCGCGGCCGCCCUGCCGCUGGUCCGGGGCGCGCCACGGCAGGACAGCCGUAGCCGCCGUCGGCGACUCUUCUGGGGCGUGCGCACCGCGCCGCUCGUGCUCUCGGUGCAGGAGCUGCUCGGGGAGGACGGACCGCUGCCGGCGGGGGGCGGCGGCGGCGACGGCAGCGGGGUCCGGAGGGCGAGGUGGGGGGACGUCAACGUGGCGGUCUCGGUCGGGGCGCGGUUUGACCUCCCGCGCGUGCUGGGAGAGGCGCUGCGGGAGAACGAAGGGUCCGGCGGCACCGUGGUCACGGUCUGCGGGCCGCCGGGCAUGGCUGACGAGGUCAGGGUGACGGUGGCGGCGGCGGCGCGCAGAGGCGUGGCCGUAAGGCUGCUGGAGGAAAGCUUUUCCUGGUAGGCAUCAGCACAUGCUGAACGGCC